AGUUGUCUCAAGCCCCCGCAUUUACAAAGAAUACUUGAAUAAUGUAAUUUAAGAUUUGUUCACUAAUGAAAUAAUGAUAAGCGACAAUAUAAACUAAUUCUAAUGUGUGAAAUUUAGAUAAGAUAUUUUAGAAUUCGCACAUCACGAUGGAAAACAUAUAUGAUGAUUUGGAGAAUUAUGAAGAAGCCAACAUAAUUGAAGACCUUAAAAAUGAAAAUAGUGAAUUGAAGAAGAAACUUGAACAAUAUUCCAGCACUAUAAAUCAACUACAAAUUAACAUUUUUCAGGAUUUUGAAAACCUUAGUUCUGAAUAUAAAAAAUUAGAACUUAAUUAUUCAUCGCUGCUGAAAACUGCUAGAGCAGAAAUAGAGAGAAAGACAAAUAUGAUCACACAGUUAAAUUUGGAGAAAGACAUGAUGGUAAUUCAAGCAUUUCAAAAUAAAGGAAGACAAUGUUUUAGGAAAGUAACAUAUAAUAACAAGACAACGUCUAAGAAUACUGAUAUUGACAGCAGGCCCAAAACUGAGGACAUUCAUUGUAAAAUGGUUGGAAAACGAAAAUCAGGACAUCUGUGUACAAUGGAUAUAAAAGAAAAUGUUUUGGAUAGUAAACAGAAGACUUGCUCCAAAAACAUCCCAAAUUUCAAGGAAACAAUUCCUAGCCAAUUUAAAAAUAGACGUGACGAAGAACACGUUCACUUACCAAAGGAGCUAAGACUAAGAGACGAUGAAGCCUUAGACAAGAAAAGUAAAAACUCUGACACCAUUGAAUUCAAACCAUUAUAUCACAACGCGUCCGUCUCGACCAGGAGCGACAACGAUAGACAUAGCGAUUACCUCUAUCGACAGAGAGAAAAAGCGCGACAUAGACGGAACAGUCCUCAAAGAAUUUCGCGUCACAGAUCCAGAAGUCCACCCGCCGAUAGAUUUAGUCGACAUAAAAGUCACGACAUACGAAAACUGUACAACGAUUUAGAACAUUCGGCCCAUCAGGAUAGAAUUCCAGUCAAUCAGAUCGAACAACCUGUUCUCAAACACAAGGUACUGCCACAUUCUGAAGAACCAAGUCAAAAAAAAAUUCGCGUCGAUUCAUAUGGAACAUAUGCUGGUACGGAAAAAAUCUGCGGAGAUUCAGAACUAAUAAGCUUCAGUGCAGCUUUAACGGAGCCCGAGGACCCUUUCGGAUCGUGCCAAUCGCCGGAUUAUUUGUACUGUGAUGCCGAUCAUUCAUCGAUUAAAGAAAUCAUUCACACGGCUACUACACCACAGGCCGAUCCCAGAAUAACUAGCAAGAAAUAUAUUGUACGAGCCGAAAACGGCAAAGAAGUUUUGAAGUGCAACUCCACUAGUGAAAUUUAUUUACAAAGAGUUAACCCGUCACUUUGGGGUAUUCCGAAAGUAAUUAUUCCAGAUGCGCUACUGCAAAAACCGCCUUCGGUUCAAUGUCUUCAAGAUAAUCUGCAAACUUAUUCAGAAAUUAAUAGUAUUGGUUUGUCUACCUCCUUAAAUCAAACACGAGACGAUCGCAAUUCGUCAAACGCCAAAGUAAAUUCUAACGGAUGUUUAACUAAAACCAGUUCAAAAGCAUCAGAAAUCCCCCAAGUGAAUAGCAGUCACUCAAGUAAACUUCCACAAUACUCCACAAACAAUGACGAUUUUUCAAGUGUGUUGACAAAUGCGUGUAAAAAUAAAAUGCCAUUUAUUAAUGACACGGAGCCACGCCAACUUGUCAGUUUAGGAACCGUCGAAGGAGACUUGCUGUUAAGUGACGAAGGCAGCGAUAAUGCAGAUAGAUCGUCCACCGCCGAUAACACCACUAUAAUCAAAAUUAAAAAUACCGAGUCGGUUAAAAAUACAUUCACAUUUCAAAGUUCAUCUAAUUCCGGUGAAAAUAAAAUGAUAACAAAUAAAAAUGAAGAAUUCGAUAGUAAAAUUCCAGUAGAUCAAGAAAACCAUUUUAAGAAUCUCCCUGAGACAGAAAUACCGUCUAAAGAUUCGCUCAAAUCUCUUCAAAAUGAAAAUAAUGGAAGUACAAUCGAUAUCAUCUCUCAAAACGCAGCUCUUUCGUUGGAGAGCAAUAAAGCAGAAAAAAGCCUUUCAAAUAAGGAAACAUCCCAUUUAGGCAAAAAUUCAACUUAUAAUGUUGAAUUGGAUCAAGUAUCAGACAAAAAUAAAUCUGUUAACAAAGUUAAAGUAAACGUUGAAAUCCAUAAGGUCCCGCUCGAUUUACCCGGUAAACUUAAAAGCGAGCCAGGAAGCGAAGAUUAUACUGAUACGAGCACUAAACUUGAAAAACCUAAAAAAUACCAAGAGCCUAAACGUAGACAAUGUCCAGAAAAGAGUGACAAACAAAGUAAAGGAUAUAUUAGUAACAAAAAACAUAAAAAAAAGAAACUAGGCGAAACAAAAUUUAAGGAAUGUGACAAGAGUUCUCUGAAAAACACAAAGAUACAGGUCGACACCAUCGCACCGGAUAGUCAUAGGAAGUUUUGCGACUUAUUUGGAGAAAGCAGCAAUAGUCUGAUAAUGCCUGAGGAUUUAGGUAUUCGAAGCGGAGCAGCCGCCGAGAGCCAGAAGAUUAAAUUUGCAUCUAUUUGUAACGAUACGCAGAAUGCUGUCGAUCAUGUUGAAAACGAUCCAAACCCAGGUCCCGGUCUCAUUAAAGAAAGCACUGUGGACACGCGUGUCGACGUCAAUGUGACCGCAGGUGAACACUUAACAAAUGGUACAGUCAUUUGCUCGCUGCAACUCACUACUCAAAGACCAGAAAAGGCCAAUUUGUUCGAAAACAUAAAACCAGCCAUAUCCACGGACAGUCCAGACGUCGUCAUCAUCUCGACGGGAGUUCAAUCUAAGCUUCUUGAGGGCGAAAUCGACGGAGACAUUUCGAAAAACGUCUCUAUUGACAACGCGCGUCCUCUCACGGCACUGGCGACAUCUACCCCCCUCAAAGAUCAAAAGUGCAUUCCGGCGAGUCGAUCCGUCAAAGAUACCGUUCCGGACGAGGCUGGAGACGUCCCCGACGUGAGGAUUUUCGUCAAACGGCGAAGGAAAAUAAAGAAUCUCUAGCCGAGUCGUCGUUCGUCCGUUCCGACUGUCGGAUCGGUGACGUGACAACAUAUAACGUCGACGACGACAUCGAUGGCGUCGCGGGGUCGACUUCGGCUCUACUCUUCUAUAACAAAUCUUGCGAACCGCGUCUUGUCUCGACCGAUUAUGUCCCCGUAUUGUCUUUUCUACCAUCGUGACGGAUGUCGCUAAUAUCUACAUGGGUAGAUGUAACGGUACAAAAAUAACAAUUGAGCUUUUUGCGGAUUUAUUCCUAUUCAUUAAUAGGAAUAAAUCCGCAAAAACCGGAUCAAUGGAUCAAGAGCAUGAUCUGAGCAAGUCUGCUAAUCGUCAAAAUGGUAUGUCGAUUCUGCUAACGAAUGCCAUCGCGCACUCUGUUAUUAUUUAGCAUUAUAUUGGUUAAAACUAUUCCGAGUUUCACUUUUUAGUUACUUCUCAAUGUUUGUGUAACAUAGUGGAAAAUAUUAAUAUAUGAUGAUAAAAAUAUAA